AUGACGAUGUUCUUCUACUCCGUAGUUCUAGUUCUGGGAGCGAGCCUCUUUGCACAGGCUAUUGCCAGUUUCCCGAUUCCUUCAGUGGACUGCCAGAGUCUUCCCCAGGCCAGCUACCCGUUCUGCGACCCAAAACUGAACCCCGAGACCAGAGCCACGGACCUGGUGUCCAGACUCACCGUGGACGAGCUGAUAUCCCAGACCUUUUACUUAGCUCCGGCCAUUUCCAGGCUGGGGAUCAAUGCCUACAACUGGAGGUCCAACUGCGCCCACGGAUGGACUUUGUCCGGGGGCCCGGACUGGCUCGGCUAUACCUGGACCGUCUUCCCUGCCCCCAUUGGGAUGGCCGCCACAUUUGACAAAGACCUUGUGCUCAAGGCUGGCCAGGUGACUUCCACGGAGGGGAGAGCCCUUCACAACGAGAUAAUGACGCACUACAAUGGAGCCAGUCAGGAAGCAACCGGCCUCAACUGUUACUCUCCAGUCGUCAACCUCCUCCGUGACUCGCGCUGGGGGCGAGCCCAGGAGACCUUUGGCGAAGACCCCUACCUACUCUCUCAGAUAGGUGUUGCCUAUACUAAGGGGCUACAGGAGGGAAGCGAUCCGAUGUACGUAAAGAUUGCCGCAUCUCCCAAGCAUUUCUCGGUGCACAGCGGCCCGGAUAAUAUCCGAAACUGGUUCACCGCCAACACGACACUCCACGAUCUGUACGAUACGUACCUGGCGGCGUUCAAGUCGCAGGUUAUAGGAGGCAAGGCUAUGCAGAUCAUGCCGGCUCUUAGUGGAAUGAGAUGUGAGAAGGAGGAAGACGGGGCGCCGGAUGCAGCAAACCCCUUCCUGCUCUCAGACUGUCCUUCGUGA